UGUUGGCAAGGGAGACGCAGCGGUUCAUUCAUCUUCUUGAACAGAGAGAGGUCAGUUAACGCGAAGGUGACUUGAGAGAGGAACUGUUUUGGAGCAAAACACUGAACUGACGUGAGACUAGCUGGAAAAGGCAGAGAAGGCUUUUGUCUUGUAACUGUAAGGAUCUUAUUCUUCUUCCAAACAUUACUGGAGAGAUUUGGCAUCAUGGGGAAGCACAACAGCAAGCUAGCUCCAGAGGUCCUGGAUGACCUGACCAAAAGCACUGAAUUCAAUGAAGCAGAGCUCAAGCAGUGGUACAAAGGCUUCCUCAAAGACUGUCCUUCUGGCAUUCUCAACCUGGAUGAAUUUCAGCAACUCUAUGUUAAGUUUUUCCCAUAUGGUGAUGCCUCCAAGUUUGCCCAGCAUGCUUUUCGGACAUUCGACAAGAAUGGUGACGGGACCAUUGACUUCAGGGAGUUUAUCUGUGCCCUGUCCAUCACCUCCAGGGGCAGCUUUGAGCAGAAACUCAACUGGGCCUUCAACAUGUACGAUCUGGACGGGGAUGGAAAGAUCACACGUAUGGAAAUGCUGGAGAUCAUCGAGGCUAUCUACAAGAUGGUUGGCACAGUGAUCAUGAUGCGUAUGAACGAGGAUGGGCUGACCCCACAGCAGCGUGUGGACAGGAUCUUCUCCAAGAUGGACAAGGACCACAACGAUGAGAUAACUCUGGAAGAGUUUAAAGAGGCUGCCAAGUCUGACCCCUCCAUUGUCCUACUGCUGCAGUGUGACAUGCAGAAGUAGAGAGGGAUUGGUUGAGAUAUAGAGGGAGGGAGGGAGGGGCGGGAUGGGGCAUGAGUUGAACUGACACAAGAGAAGUGAUAAGGAUGGGAGAACAGAAAUGCAGGGGAGGAAAGGGAGGUAUGCAUUUGAGGGGGGAGGAGGAGAGAGGUAGGGACAGUUUUUCCUUUUUUUUUUGAAGCAGGUAUGACUGGAAAUGAGUCAUGGCAGACACACACUGGACCUCUGAUUGAUGCCAUUCUUUGCUUCAGCCCAUCUCUCUGUGCAGUACUUGUAUUUCAGUUUAGUUGGGCGUCUUUACAAAUUCAGUCUGAUGAUUUGUGAAAGAAAAGUGGAUAUCCUGCCAGCUUUUUUGGGCCUACGCUCAAGAAAUAACAUAGGGAUUUACAGAGGAAAUAUGUUGAAGUGGCACUCAGACUUUCAUGUUGUCAGGCAGUGUGCACAGUCUUCUUAUUUUAUUCACCUUUGUUUAUUCUAAUAGUGUGUGGUUUCCCCACAUUUUCCAGUAUCAUAAUUUUAAAAGAUAUAAUUAAAAAGCAGCCCAUUUCCAAUAAAUUUAAGGUACUGUAACACAGAG